AUGGACUCCUCUUCAGGGCAUUUCGUGCGUGUUCAAGUUCAUAUCGGUUUUACCACGAUGGUUCGGAAAAGGCAAUCCGUUGUCAAUAAUACUGACGAGCCCACGAAGUCUGUUGCAGUCUCCAAGAAAACUUCAAAUGCGAAGAAUAAGGCGCCUGUUGUCAAAGCUAAAGAAGACAAAGUCAAGUUGACUGCAGCAUCGGCAGAAGAGAAAGUGUUGAAGGUUGUGAAUGGCAAGGCUUCAGUGAAGAGAAAAGCGCCUCAAGACGUAUCGAAGGAUGUCAAAAAGGCCAAGCACGUGGGGUUGGCUCCUGUCGAGAGUUCAGGAGUAGACGAAGGCGCCACAUUGAUCACUUGGGGCACCGGUGAGAUGGGCCAGCUGGGCCUGGGUCCAGACGUUCUGGAGAAGAAGCGCCCGGCGCGGGUUACAGCGGGCACCAAGUACACGCACGUGGCAUUGGGCGGCUUGCACACCGUGGCUGUGAAUUUGCAAGGGAAGCUCGUGUCCAUGGGCUGCAACGAUGAAGGCGUCCUUGGGAGACACACCGAAGAAGAGGAGGAGGCCUUCCUGCCGCAGCCGAUUGUUGCUUCAUCUUUACCCGCCGGGAUGAAGGUGGCGUCUGUGGCUUGCGGUGAUUCGCAUUCAGCCGUCCUGACGACUCAGGGGAAAAUUUUUUACUGGGGGAAUUUUAGAGGUAUAGAUGGAGCUAUGGGUCUCAAGAAAGUGGGAGUGACGGAAUCCGUGCCAACCGAGUUGCCAUUGCCGAAGCUCAGUGGCGGCAGUUCAGAAGCUGAUAGACAUAUCAUUAGUAUGGCGUGUGGAAACGCGCAUGUAGCGUUUGUGACUGCUUCGGGAGUAGCCCUCACUGUAGGCGCCUACGACGGGGGUCAGCUGGGCAGAAUCCCGGACAGACAAUGCAGUGAUCCUGGUCAUCGAAUCAUUGAAAAAGCGUUGACGCCGCAAGAGGUGCGUUUUAGCAAGCGGAGACAUUUUGACGCGUGUUUCGCGACUGCGUUCGGCACGUUUUUCCGGGAGAAGAAUUCCGGGAAGUUGUUUGCGUGCGGAAACAACAAGGUCGGGCAACUGGGUCUGGCAUUGGACAAAAGUACGUCGAGAGACAGCACGGGCUGGCGAAUUCCGUUUGGAAUGGAGUCCCCGAAGCUCAAUCAACUGCUCAAGCCCGUGUCUGCAGGUCAAGGAAACGCCUAUACUGUGGGAUCAAAGGAUUUCUGCGGCGUGGAAACGGACGAAGCGACCAUUGUCGAACCCGUCCACCUGAAUCCGUUGUUUGCGGGCAUUUGGAAAGACGGGAUCGUGACGGACGUGGCAGCCAACGAGAUCGUGUCCUUUGCUGUGGUCAAGAGUCGGGAGAAGGAUUCGGGCGGCAGUGAAGAUAAGUUUGCCCUGUUUUCCUGGGGCUAUCAAACCCUGCUGCAACUGGCCCGGAACACGGAAGAAGACUGCGUGGAGCCGGAAGAAGUCAACCUGGGUUCCAUUGUUCCGCUCCGCGUGUUUGCCGGUGGACAACACGCGGCCCUCCUUGGCAAGGAAACGCUGGCGGAUAAACAAUAA